GCAAAAAAUGAAAAAAUAUCGAAAGAAACUCAGUUGCGUUAUUCGUCUUCAGAAGAAAGCGACGAAAGUAUUAAAAACAAUAAAAAAGCAAACAAAAUUGGUAAAAGUGAGCAGAAAAACAAAAUUGUUCGAAAUAUUUUUCUGAAUGUGUCAAAAGGUGAUGGAGGGGCCAAAGGCAAAGGUCAAGUUAUGAUUAUAGGUCAUUCUGAUGAUAUACAAAAAUCAGUUACAAGCGCUACGCGGGACUGUUACGCAGUUGCGAUUACAAAUAACAGCAAUAAUAAUAAACUUGUCACGGCGAUUCCAAUCGUAUGCAAAAUCGAUCUCUCGAGACUUUCUCGAAUUCCAGGCGAUCGAAACAGUCGUUUAAAUAACAAUAAUAAAAGUCCAAACAACGUUGAUGUGCAAUUCGUGGCUGAAAGACAGAGUACACAAAAUGGUAGUAGAUAUCCAAAUUGGGUGAGCUCACACGAUAGUACAAGUAGUGGAAGCAGCGUUGAUAAUAGUGGAGACUCAGAUGCAAUUAAUGAAGAGGAGCGAAAUGGUGGAAUAGCAUAUGAUCAUGGAAGACAUUUGAAACAAAGAAAAGAUAAAAAAAUUACAAAAAAUAUGCCAGAAACAACUCAAAAUAGUUCAAAGCAUGGGUCGUCGUAUAAUUCAGUGGCAUAUGCAAAAUAUUGCGAUUGCAACUCCGACAACAAGGACUCAACUAUAACACGGAAUAUUGGUUCUUUCUCACGUUCACCAAAGUUAGAUGAGAAGCAUAUGAAGAUGAAACGUGAAAAUUUGAAAACUGAAUUUUCGAGCAUCGAAUGCAACACUACUAAUCGAAUAAUGAAAUCUCCCAAAGCUGUUAUCGACGAUAAAACGCUUGAAAAAUUAAGUUACAAUGGUGAUGUGAAAAAUACGAGUGCAAAUAUAAAAAGAGAAUAUGAUAAAAUUAAGAUGGAAAAUGGCAAUGAUGAUGAUAUCAAAUUAUCGGGAGUGGAAGAGUUGACGACAAGCAAUCGUAAAAAGAGAGCAUCUAGUGCAAAUAGUAGUCCAUAUAAAGAUAAAAAAAGGAAAAAGAUGGUCGAUGAUUUAAUUGACCCAAAUCUUUUGCCACCCACAAAUCACGAUAGAAUAGACUCUGAUAUUUUGCCGCCACCACCCCAGAAACCUCUCAUUACAAAAGUAUAUUAUUCCUAUUUUGAACGUACAAACGACGAAAGGGACGAAAUAAGAGAAAUGAAAGAUCAUCAUCGUUCGUUAUCAGAAGCAAAGAGACUGAAACACGCAGCAGAUGCCGAAACGGAUCAUUUGUCACAGGCUAUUCUGUAUUUGGAAGCAGCUGUAUAUUUCUUGCUGACCAGUGUUGCGAUGGAGCGAGAUGCAGUUACGGAAAAGGCAGCGUUUACCAUGUACAAAGACACACUUAGUUUAAUCAAAUACAUUUCUUCUAAAUUUCGAAGUCAGCAACAACAUCUUUCACGUCAAGGGAGCAUUCACAGUAAAGUGGCAAUUCUAAG